UGUUAUGGCCACACAACCACAGCUCAUUGUGAUCUGGUUGAGAGCUCCUGCUUCAAUACUGAGAAGCACAAGUUAAGGUCCAGAAUUGUGUCCAACCACAGCUUUUCCCUGAGCAUGGUGACAUCGAGUGGAACGUUACAGACCCAGUAGAUGACUUCUGGAGCUGGGCUCAGUCCUCACGGAAAAAGCUUCAACAUGCUGGCCAUCAUUGAGUCCUGGGAAGAGGAGGGGAGCUACUACGAGGACAGCACCGGUCAGUUUCUGUUCAUCUUGCUGUUAAAGGUGGGCCUGGACUGUCUGGUCCUGUCGAUGUGCUUGCGCUGGCUACACACCUCCUUCAUGGGCGUCUGUGGCCUCUCCGUCUUCCUGGUCGAUGUGUUGUUGUUGUGCGCUGUGGCGGCUGUGUGGUUCCUCGGAUCCGCCCGCUCCCCGGUGUCCAUCUGCUUCCUCUUGGCUCAUGCCUCAGCCGUGUUCAACGCGCUGCCUCUGCCCAUGCUGGGCCUGGGGCUGCUGGACUACGCCUCCGAGCCACGCUACACCACGUGCCACGACGCUCCCUGUAGGGACCUAUGGAACUAUGCCCUGACGCUGCUGGUGUGGGUGCUUGCCGGUGUGCACUCCUGCUGCUCAGCAGUCACCAUCCUCCUAGAGGUUGAGUACGAGGGAGGGAGGAACGCUUUAGGGUGCACUGUGCAGGAGUCUGUGUUUGUGGUACAUUUCUCAGUGGGGAUCUCCGUGGCCAUCUGCUGUGUAAUGCUGCUCCACUACAAACAGAUGCCUUUGUGGCUGAAGGAGGCCAACAGGCUGUCAGAGCAGAGGGAUAAAGUUAACCCAAUGUUGCAGAGCCACUUGAGAUUCAGGUAUGCCAAGUUACAGCAGCUAGGGGGUGACGAGGACGAGCAGAAAGCACUGUCAGUGGAGACUGAAUGGCAGAGGCCCCCCCUUUACCUCAGCCUGACUUUGGACUUUGGCACAACGUGGGCAUCUUACCUGGUCAUGUGCAUCGCCUGUGAGCUUUUGGGCCUUGCAGUCCCUGCCUACAUCAGCAUCAACCUCCUAUGGUUGGAGUGUGCCAACAGCGUAUUGGUGGGGCUGGUGUUUUGGCUCAAGAGCGACUGACUGAGGCCUUACACCGCCAGUGGCAUGUUUACUGGCACUUAAAGUAAAGAUUCAACCUUUUUUUAAAUUUUUUAAAUAUUUUAUUUUACAAUUUUCCAUACAGACAAAAAUAAUAAAAACACAAAUAAAAUGAUAUGUAGGCUACGCCGGGCGGCAGGGUAGCCUAGUGGUUAGAGCGUUGGACUAGUAACCGAAAGGUUGCAAGAUCCCCAAGCUGACAAGGUACAAAUCUGUUGUUCUGCCCCUGAACAAGGCAGUUAACCCACUGUUUCUAGGCCAUCAAUGAAAAUAAGAAUUUGUUCUUAACUGACUUGCCUAG